CGCAGUGAAGAGCAGCUUUCAGCACCCUGGAGAGCAACCGCAGACUGCGCCCUCAGCACCGGAGUGAGGAGAAAGAGAUCCCAGCGUCUGAUCCACCUCCAUGGGUGGCUCUGAGAUGAUCUAGUUCCUGGGGCCACACAGCAGAGACACAGCUGCCAUCAUGCAGAGGGUGUGAAGCAGGGACGCCAAGCUCAGCCUGCUGUACCAGCUGCAGCACCAGGAGCCCACUACCCAUCACAUACUGGCACAGCAAGAGCUAUGAUGCCAGGAGGGCCCUCAUCAUGCCCCCCAGUGUGUGUGCAGGGGGGAGAGCACUGGUGACAGAGCUGUGCCACCCACAGAGCCGCUUGCACAGACAAAAGGCAACUUGCAGUGCAUUGUUAUUUGCAGAACAAUAACUGAUCUGUCACAGCUUCAAGGCAGAGACGAGAGGACAACGCCCCCUACAGAGCCAGCACAAAGCUGCAUCCUCCAGCAAGGGUAGAGGGACAUUGUAAUGAUGUUGCUGUAUGGAGAGCUCUCCUCAUGAGAUAGAUGGGUUUCUACAUCAGCUCCUUGUCCCGAAGUCCCUGCACCAAGACCCAGGUGCGACAUUACCAAGUGGCCCCAAGCUACAACUACAAAUGGACAGACAUCCACUAUGAGGCCAGCAGGGGCAACGUGGAGAAGCUGCGUGUAUUACUGACCACAUCAGACAAAGAACUGGUGGAUCGGAAAGACUAUUAUGGCAAGACACCCUUAUACUGGGCGGCUUAUAAAGGUCAACGGAUUUCAAUGGAGCUUCUCUUGCAGCAUGGGGCCAACGUGAACAGCUGCUGUAAACAUGGAGGCACGCCGCUACACGCGGCCAUCGGAUUGUUUCCAGACUGCGCACUUUUAUUAAUACAGCACGGUGCUGAUGUGAAUCUGCAGGAUAACUGGGGCGUGACCCCGAUGUACCUAGCCGCUUGCAGUGGACAGAUGGAGUGUAUCCGGCUCCUGGUACAGGCAGGUGCCGACAUCACAUACAAGAAUAAGAAAACAGGACUACCUCCCAAGCGUCUGGCGUCCCAAGUUGGUUUUAUAGCCUGGAUUGAGUCCUGCUCCCAUCAGCCUCGUUCACUCAAACACCUAAGCCGCCUGCGGAUCCGAUCCAGCCUGGGACCACAGAGGCUCAGAGCUGUUAGGACCUUCAACCUGCCACAAUCACUGAAGUGCUACCUUAUGUUUGAGGACCUUGUGCUACAGGAGACUCUCUAACAUCUAAUGUGACAGGUGUAUUGUUGGAAACCAGGACUGCUGUUCAGUAUCCAGUGUUCUUGAUCUUGUCUGUACAGUGGGAACGUCUUCUAUCCAUUAAUGGUGAUAAACAUGAACCUGCUGAUCAGUGACGCAUGGGGAACAGGGAAAAACUCACUUUAAACAGCACUUGUUCGCUGUGGGCUUCCAUAUACUUACAAUAGUAGCAGUUUGACCGAAGUAUUCCUUUACUGCCCAAUUUAAAUGGGACACAGUGAUUUAUCAGUAGUCUAGAGUGGAGGAGAACCCUAUUGCAGCUGAAAAAAGUCCGCUAAACAAUUCUACACAAUGAUUUUGCUUAAUUCAAAUUGUUUUGCAAUUAGCUACCGGUCUAAGUUUGGCACAAGAAGUAGGCAGAUGAUUGAUAAUUUGACUGCCCAAAAUAUUCUGCAAUGUGUCCACCUUUCCAAGUCGACGGAACAAGAUGAAAAACCUGAUGUCACUUACAGGGAAAGAACAAGGGCUUCCACUAGCCCUACGUCAAAAGCAAGAUAAUUAAUUGAUUGGCUGAGAAGUCUGGCAUUUGUGUGUAUUGCACUUCUUGCGUUUAUCCGUGAAGGGUCAAGUACAUUGAUGAUAGUUGGACAAACGGCAGUACAGUUGGCAACCACAAAGCAACUAGAUCAUUAGCUAAGUUGGCCACACAUGAGACAGCUAAACUUUGGACAGAUAUUUGCAGUCACGAUGGGGGUGGAGGACGGCUUAACAAGCGAUCCAACACACGAGCAAAUGUGGUUCUCACCAUAGGCAAGCUACGAGUUUGGUUCUUCCUUCCAUAGUCUACCUUUGUCUAAAUUUGUGUAUAUGCCUCCUUGCAAAGCAGCCUAGAAUUCAUUGCAAGAAAAUGUGAGCCCUCAAUCUACAGUAAAAGUAACCACACAAAAAAAAAAAGUGCAUGCUGGGUAUUGCAAGUUACUGGAAUAACUCCUGUUGCUAAAAUAGGAAAGCUGCCCUAAAUCUGCACUUGGAAGACACAGACAUUUGGCGAAGAUGCUGUAAAUAUCCGACAUUCCAUAGCAACCUCUUUCACUAUGGAAACAGACUCCUCAGUGCACAGGUUGGUUCCAUGGUUACAGGUGUUUUUAAGGAGCAUCAGCAUGUCUGCCAAAUGGUAGCAGCAGCCACGUCAGGGGCUUCCAACUGUCGGUUUAGGUCAGAAGACAUAUUUCAAGCAUCAUGAGUUAUUAAAGUGAGUGUUGGUACCCAGCAUAAUUAUCUUAACUAGACUAAUAUGUGUUUUAUAUCAUUUUUGAGUGAAGUUAUCCUUGAGCUACAUUAUUUCCAGAAAGGUGUGGGCCCAACAGUCCAAUUCCAGUCACAUUCGUGGAUCUCUCAACUAUACACAGUGAAGUCAGCCAUUUUGGGGAAGGGAGCGUAGCCAACUAUUGACAUUACUGAAGCAUGAGGCGCAGUCUCAGUGAGAUUAUUAAUUUCUAGUGAAUUUAUAGGAUAGGUGGCUGACUCCAUUGUGUUUACUUGAUAUGUAUGCUUUAAAAUAAAGUGAACUUAACGGAUUUCCAAGCUGUUGCCAUUUAGAACAACAACAACAACAACAAAAAAUUAAUUUAUUUAAACCUAUCAAGAUGCCAAAUAAUCACUGGAACAAUAUAUAAUCAGGAAUUUGUGAGCGACCCACGAGAUCUGAAAAUACGACGGGAUUGCUGUGUGGGUAAUAUUUCAGGCACAGAAGUAAAAUAUGUGAUACAACAUCAACUGGGGCUUUGCAUAAUGGGGGUAAUUCCAAGUUGAUCGCAGCAGGACAUUUUUUAGCAGUUGGGCAAAACCAUGUGCACUGCAGGGGGGCAGAUAUAACAUUUGCAGAGAGAGUUAGAUUUGGGUGGGUUAUAUUGUAAUACUGGCUGCUUUAUUUUUACACUGCAAUUUAGAUUGCAGAUUGAACAUACCACACCCAAAUCUAGCUCUCUCUGCACAUGUUAUAUCUGCCCCUCCUGCAGUGCACAUGGGCCCUCAUUCCGAGUUGAUCGCUCGCAAGGCGAUUUUAGCAGAGUUACACACGCUAAGCCGCCGCCUACUGGGAGUGAAUCUUAGCUUCUUAAAAUUGCGACCGAUGUAUUCGCAAUAUUGCGAUUACUAACUACUUAGCAGUUUCAGAGUAGCUUCAGACUUACUCUGCCUGUGCGAUCAGUUCAGUGCUUGUCGUUCCUGUUUUGACGUCACAAACACACCCAGCGUUCGCCCAGACACUCCCCCGUUUCCCCGGCCACUCCUGCGUUUUUUCCGGAAACGGUAGCGUUUUUUCCCGCACGCCCAUAAAACGGCCUGUUUCCGCCCAGUAACACCCAUUUCCUGUCAAUCACAUUACGAUCGCCGGAGCGAUGAAAAAGCCGUGAGUAAAAAUACUAUCUCCAUUGUAAAAUUACUUGGCGCAGUCGCAGUGCGAAUAUUGCGCAUGCGUACUAAGCGGAAUUUCACUGCGAUGCGAUGAAAAAUACCGAGCGAUCAACUCGGAAUGAGGGCCAUGGUUUUGCCCAACUGCUAAAAAAUUUCCUGCUGCGAUCAACUUGGAAUUACCCCCAAUAAUAAUAGUUUGGGGUUUUUGUUGUUUUUUUAAAUAAAGUUUUUAUUAAUAA